CAUGGCUGCAGACAGUCCCAUGGAAACUCUCCGGGAGGAAGCAACAUGUUCCCUAUGUUUGGACUAUUUCACAGCCCCUGUAAGUCUGGAGUGUGGGCACAAUUUCUGCCAAGCCUGCCUCAGCCAGUUCUGGAAGGGACUUGACUCAGCCUCCUCCUGCCCUCAGUGCAACGAAACUGUGCAGCAGAGACACCUCCGGCCCAACAGGCAGCUGGCAAAUGUCCUAGAAAUAGCCAAGCAGCUGAGUUCACAGGUGGCAAAGAGAGCAAGAUGGGACGGGGUGUGCGGGGAGCACCAGGAGGCUCUGAAAUUAUUCUGUGAAGAGGAUCAAACCCUCAUCUGUGUUGUCUGCAGAGAGUCCAAGGCUCACCGCACUCACAUUAUGCUUCCCAUACAGGAAGCUGCCCAGCAGUACAAGGAAAAAUUUGAGGCCCAUUUGAAGACUCUGAGGGAAGAGAGAGAAAAGCUGCUGGAAUGGAAAGUGACGGGAGAGGGCAGAAACCAGGAGUAUCUGAAACAGACACAAGCGGAGAGGCAGAAGAUUGUGGCUGAAUUUCAACAGCUGCGACAGUUUCUGGAGGAACAAGAGCGACUCCUCCUAGCCCAGCUGGAGAAGCUGGAUGAGGAGAUUGUGAGGAUCCAGACUGACACUGUCAGGAACGUCUCGGUGCAGAUUUCCCAUCUCAGCGAGCAGAUCAGUGAGCUGGAGGGGAAGUGUCAGAAGCCAGCAAGUGAAUUCCUGCAGGAUGUUAAAAGCACUGGUGUCUCUCGCUUCCCUCACACAGCACAGUGCGAGAAGGGGCAGUUCCAGCAGCCAGAGGCGAUUUCUCUUGAACUGAAAGAGCAAGUCAGUGCUUUCUCCCAGAUAACUACUUCGUUAUCGGAAAAUCUGAGGAAAUGCAAAGAAUCCCUGGGAGCUUUCAGACAGGUGACUGUGACUCUGGAUCCAGACACGGCCCAUCCCCGACUCAUCCUGUCUGAGGAUCGGAAACAUGUGAGCUGGGAACUUACACCCCAGCUACUGCCCGACAACCCUGAGAGAUUUGACUCUCGGACCUGUGUGCUGGGCUGUGAGGGAUUCACCUCCGGGAGCCAUUGCUGGGAGGUGGAGGUCAGGGGUGCACGACACUGGGCUGUGGGGGUGGCCAGAGACUCUAUGAGGCGGAAGGGACGGAUCAGCCGUAGCCCUAAGGGGGGGAUCUGGGCUGUGGAGCAGUGGGGGGGUCAGUUCCAGGCUCUCUCCUCCCCUGCAACGCCCCUGUCCCUGAGUGGGGCCCCCAGCAGGAUCCGGGUUUAUCUGGACUGUGACUGGGGGCAGGUGACAUUUAUUGAUGCUGGUACCGAGGCCUCGAUCUUCACUUUCCCUCCGGGCUCCCUCCCUGGGGAGAGAAUCCGACCCUGGCUCUGGGUGGGGACUGGAUCCCAGCUCAGACUCUGUCCCUGAGACACCAGGGGAUUCUCUGGCCUCACCUCCUUUCCUCCCCCCCGUCUCAGUGACCUCUCUCUGUGCACUGUCUGUCCUGCUGUCACUGUAACUCUGGACGUUGCUGAAGGUCUCAGCUCUGUGCAGCCUCUGGCCUGUCCAACCCCAGAGACCACUGGGUGGUGAGCGAGGUAGAGAUUCUGAUUUCAUGGCCCCUGGGAUUGUACAGCCUGUUUGCUGCUGUCCUCUAUGGCCCAGGAGGACUUGGGAGAUCCUGGGUCAGAUAGCGUCAGCGGGACAUGGGGAGGAGGGGGAAUAAGCCCACUGGGGAUGGGUUUCUCGAGCUACAGUCAUCCUAGACUCUAUGGCAAUGUUUCUCAAAGUGGUCCACGGAUCCACUGCGAGAAAGCUGCCAAUGGGCCACUACGGUUUGUUUAUUUAAUGACUCAGCUGCCAUGGAUCCUCGUGGCUCCCAUUGGCUGCAGUUCACUGUUUGCAGUCAAAGGGAGCUGCAGGAAGCAGCUGAGAGCCUGGGAGCAGCAGACCCCAAUACACAGUAGAAAUGAGUGGCUAGUGCAGCCACUGCCUGCAUCAGCAGGAGGGGUUUUCCCCAUCAUUGCAGUGAAUCCACCUCUCGGGGAGGUCAUAACUGGAUGGACAGAAUUCGUCCAUUGGCCCAUCCAUAGGGCCCAACCAAAUUCAGGGUCCUUUGUGGUCAAUGUCAUGGUCAUAGGAUUUUAAAAUUAUAUAUUUCAUGGUAUCAGACAUUUAAAGCUGAAAUCUCAGGGUGUUUUAAUGGUGGGGUCCUGCCCCCAAAAGGAGCUGUGUGGGGGUCACAAGGUGAUUGCAGGGGGUCUACGGCACUAC